UUUGAUUCCUCCAUAAACUUGUCUUUAGGGUUUUAUGCCUCCUGAGUCAAAUUUGAAGGCACCGACUCUUGCAAUUGUCUUGUACUAACUAAGAACCAGCUGCUAGCUUUUCUUACUUUUCCUUAAUUCACAGCCUCACAAAUCUCCACCCUCAAAUAUCUUCCUCUCAAAAAAUAUUUUUGUUGAGGUUAUAAUUAGCAGAGAAUUCCAAGGUGGGUGGGUCAGUCUAUAAUUUCAUGGAACUGAUCCAAGAAGAAGCAGUGAAAGGUUAUUCUGAUAGCAGAGAAGAAGAGGAAGAAGAAGAAGAAGAAGAGGAAGAAGAAGAAGCAGGUGAAGAAGGAAUCAUCACAACAACAAGAGAAGAAGAAGAAGAAGAAGAAGAAAGCAGCAGUAAGCACCACUGCCCCUUUUCUUCACCCUCUAAUUUCUCUUUAUCUUCUUCUUCUCCCUCAAUCACAGAUUACAACAACACUCAUCAUCUUCAUCAUCACAAUCAUCAUGUAAUGAACAUUCCUAGCCAAAAUUCAUGGCUUGGAAUGACUCAUGAUGAUCCUCAUCACUCUCCAGAGGCCAACACAGCCACUGAAUCUCACAAUUCAUCAUCUGGGUUAGGGUUCUUGUUACACCAAGAUGGAGCAUCAGCAUCAGCACCAACAACAUCCAAUUUCACCACCAAUCACACAACAAAACAGCUAGAUUUCAUGGAAUUAUCACUUGGAAACAACCAAAAUCUCUCUGAUGAACCCAAUUUUCAACAACAACAACAACAAGGAUCACUAUCUGCUUCAGCUCCUCCUCCUCUUUAUGGCCAUGCAAGUGGUGGUGCUAGUUCUUCAGCAAACCAGCAACAACAACCCAUUGAGAAAGAGCACAUGUUUGACAAAGUCGUGACGCCGAGCGAUGUGGGGAAGCUGAACCGAUUAGUGAUACCAAAACAGCACGCUGAGAAGUACUUCCCUCUCGAUUCCGCCUCGAAUGAGAAGGGGCUACUUCUCAAUUUCGAGGACCGGAAUGGGAAGCUCUGGCGGUUCCGGUACUCGUACUGGAACAGCAGCCAGAGCUAUGUGAUGACAAAAGGAUGGAGCCGGUUUGUGAAGGAGAAGAAGCUUGAUGCCGGCGACAUUGUCUCGUUCCAGCGCGGUGUCGGGGACUUAUGCCGGCACAGGUUGUACAUAGAUUGGAGGAGAAGGCCUGAUCAUCAUCUCCCUGAUCCUUCAUCAGCAGCACUCUUCACACCUUUCUUUCUUCCUCCCAAUCAUCAUCACCAACCACACUUGUCACAGUACUCAAUCAGGUGGGGUGGUGCUAAUAGCAGAUUCUAUUCCCCACCACAGCCGCCGCGCCACCACCUCCACCAUGACCCUCUGCAGCAGCAGCAGCUCAAUUACAACCACCACAUGUAUCAACAUCAUCAUCAUCCAUUUCACCCCUACCAUGAGCUGAACUCAGGAUCUGGGUCAAUCUAUUACCUGAGAUCAGCACCAUCAAUGUCAAUAGCUGAUCAUCAAACCUUAGCAAGACAACAACAACAACAUCAAGAAGGAGGAGGAAUCAGCAGCAAUAUUGCCCCCAUGAUAAUUGAUUCUGUUCCAGUUGGGCAUCAUCACCACCACCACCACCACCAACACGGCGGUAGCGCUGGCAUUAGUAGUAGUACUAGUAGUAGUAACACUGCAGCAAAAAGGUUAAGGCUAUUUGGGGUGAACAUGGAAUGUGCUUCUUCUUCAUCUUCAUCUUUACCUUCUCCUUCUCUACCACAGAAUUUGAGGGUGCCUCAUGAAGACAGUACAAUUUCACAAUCAUCAGCAAGGUUUGGGAUUGGGGAUCUCCAGAGAGGGGAGGCUUCAGUGCUUUUUGAUUUGGACCCAUCUUUGCAGUAUCGGCAGUGAUGAAAACAAAGUUGAAGAAACAAAAUAAUGAUGGAGAAGAAGAAGAAGAAGAAGAUGAUGCCAGUUCUGAAGUUUACUGGGAUAGCUAGCUACACACUCUCUUUUGCAGCAUUAUUAUUAUUACUACUAUUUUUUAUUAUUUUUUUGUUUUGUUUUUUUCUCCCCUUUCUUCAUGCUACAAAGGAAAGUGCUUUCAAACUUUCUUCUUCUGAUGAUAAGAAGUGAUAAUUAGAGUUUGAACUUUUAUCUCAAUGAAUUAAUUGGGUCCUGAAGAUAUAUUGGAACAUCCUUCCAGAAAUGGGAAAUGAAAAUCUUGGAAUUCAAUUACAUUUAGACCUUUUCUUCAAUUGUGUAUAAUAGAAUUACAACACAUUUAUAUAUAUAUUAAUUUAUCAGAGUAUAAAUGUUUGUUUGUUCC